UCCGUCGCCGUAUAAACUUGCUAAGUGAGUUUCUACGACGCCGCAAAUAUCGUUAUUUUUUUACACGCUUAUCGCACUCGCUCGUUUGCGCGCGUCAUGUGAGCACGCGGCACUUUCGGACCAUUCCGUAUCUUGUUUCUCUUGAUUACUGUGAGGGAGAAUUAGUGGUGCUUCUUCACUUUUUAUCUCGCACGCCAUUGGCUGCUACAUUCCCCCGCUUCACUCGCUUGUUUGCGCUGGCACAUUUCGUCUAGCGAGGGCGGCUUGAAGCGUCGCGCGACAGUUCCAAAAAAACUCAUGUUGCGCGACUUGAUUUGCGUUUAUGAUAUUACACCGGACUAGUUUAUAUUCACAAAUGCAAGCGUUAGGCUGUUUAGUGUUGUGUCUGUCAAACGCCAUUUAUUUUGUACAUUGUAGACUUCUCCAUUUAGUCUUGCGAUAGGACAUUUUGUAGGCUAGUCUGCUAGUACUGUGAUUAUCAGACCUGUAUAUAUACUGGUAGUCUAACUGAAUAGUCUGAUAGUAGAUUAGCUCAUUGGACAAUUACUAUUCCGGCAGUCCCGGUAUAAGUAAUAUUACUGUGUUAAGGGUCCUAUACAGUACAAUGGCCCGAGAUGGUUCACCAUGUGAUUGAGCCAUCAUAAUACGGUACGGUACCCUAUUACAGUUUUAGCUUUCUCUUUCAGGAAAUAUAACAAUAUUCUUCUCAUUUACAGAAUAUUCUACAUACUAUUGAAAACUUAGCUACAUUCAGACAUUUAUAUCAGAUUGCCCAAUAUGAAGAGGAGUGGAGCACAUCGGCGAAAGUCUGUCGUUUGGCACCACUUUAAGGAGAUUAACAAUAAUGGAAUAGUCAAAGUUAAAUGCUUCCAUUGUGGAGAAACUAUGGCUUUCACAACAGUACUUCUAACAUGCUGAAGCAUAUGAAUGGCCGUCAUCCUUUUGUAAAAUUGCAAGAAGAUGACAUCCAAAGUUGCAGUGAAACGUGUACGAGUGCAUCGAAGAAGAGUUCAAAUUCUAAUUCCAGCAGCAUUAGUACCGGUAGCCAAAAUCUUAGUUUCUCAGAAACUGAGACAUCAAGAAUGAAACAGACAAUAUUGCCUUAUCGGAACUUACAACACGUUACACCUAUGGAGGCUAAAAGAAUUGAUGAUGGCAUUGUCAAUAUGGUUGUUGGUGAUUUACGUCCAAUCAACAUUGUUUCAGGCAGAUAUUUUCAAAACUUGGUAGCUAUGCUAGCUCCGCCAGGAUACACAAUUCCAUCCAGGCAAACAAUAACAACCAAAGUAGAAGAUCUUUACAGAGAAAAGAAAGAAGUUUUAAUGAAUGAACUUCUCAAUGCCACAUAUGUGGCACUGACAACAGAUGCCUGGACUAGCAUAAAGCAGGAAUCAUAUUUGUGUGUCACCGCACACAUUCUUUCCCAGGAUUUCAAUAUAAAUUCAUUUGUACUUUCAACAAAGCAACUUGAUGACAAGCAAACUGGAGAAAAUAUAGCAGGCUGGAUACAAGAGAUUGUUUCUGAUUUUGGUGUUCCUUUCUCAAAAAUUGUCUCGAUAACAACGGAUAAUGGUUCGAAUAUGAUUGCAGCUGUUAACCUAUUGAAAAGAGAGCACAAUCUAAAUGCAAUUCGAUGUGCCGCUCACACCCUGCAGUUGUGCUUACAGAGGGGAUUUGCCCUGAGGGACAUUGUCGACAUGUUGGAAACGGCCAGAAAAAUUGUGAACUUUUUUAGACGAUCUGCAUCAAACAGGCUGUGCCUUAGAAAAAAGUAUGAGGAGAUAACAGGGAAGCCAUUAUUGUUGGACCUAAUAAUCGAUGUGUCCACCAGGUGGAACUCUACUUAUGAAAUGCUCUUGAGACUCAAUGAACUGAAAUGGCACAUCCGUGCAGUGGUCUCUGAACUUAGAGAAGGUAAUCGAAGAGAAUUAUCACAUCUUGAAAUGAAGGAACAUUACUGGGAAAUUGUGCAAGAUUUAUUGCCAAUUCUACAGCCCUUUAAGGUAGCAACAGCAUUUUUGGAAGGCAACAAUUAUAUAACCUUGUCUUCCCUAAAGCCAGUACUUAAAGGGUUGGUGAAAAAGAUAAGUGUUGGUAACCCUAAUGAAAAUACAAGAAUUGUUGGGUUUCGGAAUACAGUUUUUGGCAUGUUGAACUCAUACUUUGAAAUAUGUCUGAAAGAUGACGGAAGUACAAUAUUUGAUAUUGCAUAUGUCUUGGAUGCAAGAUACAAAACGAAAUCCAUGAAGCAAGAUGCAUCGAGAAAAGUCAAAAAUUUGUUGCAAUUCGAAGUGGAAAAUAUUUACACAUCAGAGAUAGAACAACCUGCAGUCCAGCAGAGUGGAAUGGCAACAGAACUACACGAAAGAAAUAAUAAAUCAUGUAUUGGAAAUCUAAUCAACGACGGUAUGGACAGUUCUGAAGAGAGUGGCGGCGAUGUUGGUGAAUUGACUAGGGAGAUGGAGGUUUCAGCUGAGAUUUCUAAAUAUUUAAAUGAUAGAUAUCUUGGCUUAUCAGCAACCCAAGAAGAAAUGCUGCAGUGGUGGAAACAAAACAAAAAAGUGUAUCCAAACAUCGCAGUUGUCGUACAGAAGUACCUCUGCAUCCCAGCAACAUCCGCUGCAUCCGAAAGAGCGUUUAGCUCAGCGGGUCUUACCGUCUCCAAAUUGAGAUCGAGACUCACAGGAAGGCAUGUAAAUGAACUGAACUUUUUACAUUGUAAUAGAUUUUUACUAUGACUGUCAUUUUUUUGAACAUACAGAUGGCUUUGUUAUUACUUAUCGAUCUUGAUCGGUAAUUACGUUGUUAAUAGAAUUUUUGUUAUAAAAAAUAUAUUUUCUCAUUAGUCAUUACCUACCUACUGGACCAAUUGCUUUGAUGUUUUUAGUGGUCAAAAUUGUAUUGUGCUUUGAUGUUUUUAGUGUUUAAAAUUGUAUUUUUUGCUAGAAGACUGUUAUGUUUAUUUUUUUAAAAAAGUUCCUGUGGGCUCUCAUUUUUGCCCGAUUUUGUUAUCAUGUUGUUGUUUUGAGUGUUUAAAAUUGUAUUUUUUGCUAGAAGGCUAUUACAUUUAUUUUUUAAAAAAGUUCCUGUGGGCUCCAUUUUUGCCCGAUUUUGUUAUCAUGUUGUUAUUUUUAGUGUUUAAAAUUGUAUUUUUUGCUAGAAGGCUAUUACGUUUAUUUUUUAAAAAAAGUUUCUGUGGGCUCUCAUUUUUGCCCGAUUUUGUUAUUAUGUUGUUGCUGAUGUUUUAGUGUUUAAAAUUGUAUUUUUUGCUAGAAGGCUAUUACGUUUAUUUUUUAAAAAAGUUCCUGUGGGCUCUAAGCAAUUCGUUUUUGCAUGAUUUUAUCUACUGUGACUACUGAAUACACAUACUACUUAGUUUCAGCUUUUUUGUGUCCAUUCC